ACCAAUGAUGGGGAAGCUUUGCUCCUUCUUAAGCUCUAACAGUUCAAGCUGGGGCUAGAAAGCCAGCCAGCCAGCCACCCCUCCAGAUCCUUGCCUGUCAUUGCAGAGCUGAGACAAGGGGCCCAGCCUACAGCCAGAGCUCAGGAGCAGAGCCUAGCCACCCUGCCACACCCCCAGGCCCCAGCAUGGCCGAGCAGCUGACUGAGGAGCAGGUGGCCGAAUUCAAGGAGGCUUUCUCCCUGUUUGAUAAAGAUGGGGAUGGUUGUAUCACCACUCGGGAACUGGGCACUGUCAUGCGGUCCCUGGGCCAGAACCCCACCGAAGCUGAGCUCCAGGAAAUGGUGAGCGAGAUUGACCAGGAUGGCAAUGGCACUGUGGACUUCCCCGAGUUCCUGGGCAUGAUGGCCAAGAAGAUGAAGGACACAGACAGCGAGGAAGAGAUUCGUGAUGCCUUUCGAGUGUUUGACAAGGAUGGCAACGGCUAUGUCAGUGCUGCUGAGCUGAGGCAUGUGAUGACCAGGUUGGGGGAGAAGCUGAGCGACGAGGAGGUAGAUGAGAUGAUCCGGGCUGCAGACACAGAUGGAGACGGGCAGGUGAACUAUGAGGAGUUUGUCCGCAUGUUGGUGUCCAAAUGAGGCCAGAGCCUGUGCUGCUCCUGGGCUACACACCUGGCCAGGCAGGUGGCCUUAUGCUGCAUGCCGCUAGGACCUCAAACCUCCUGUUUCUACCUGCACCUCCAGUUUCCUCUGGGUACUAUUGCUUUGGCAAAGUAGAUUCAGUCACCUUCCUGCCUUUCCCUGUCUGCACCUCUCUUUUUGCCAACUUUUCACCUGCUCUUCUUAAUUGAUGCAGAAGCACCCAAGCUUAGCAAAUCGUGAAAUCCUCCCACCAUUCAGCAGUAGAAGCCGAAGUGACGUUAUUGCAUGUGGACAUUAAACCAAGAAACCAGUCAAGGUUGUUCUGGCUCUGCUGUCUACCCAGAUGGGCACAGGGUGACAUCUUAGAGCCCCUUCAGCAGAGUCCCUGAGGGACACCCAAUAACCUGGACAGGGAGGCUGGAUCCACAGACUACUGCCAGAAUUCCUGGAGCCCUUGGGGUGCAGGCCUCUUCUGCUGUCAGAUUCAGGAGGGUGGGAGACAUCUCGGUGCUGGGGCAAAGGAAGAGGACUUUGAUAGCAGAGGCCAGACCUCCUGAAAACCUUUUGUUCUGCAUGGCAUUUGCUUGCUCCAUUCUGUCUUCACCAACCCACCGUGACUCAUCUUUUGAAGCUGGGAGUAAAACUGGGGUCAGUCAUAACAUGUUUGUAUUCAUCAGGAAGGAGCAAUAUGUGAAUGAGAGGGAAAGGGGCGCUUAAAGAGGAAU